UGAUUUGCCCUUGCAUAUUUUACAAAUGGCGGCGUCUGUAGCAACGAGGCUCUUAUAAAAUCAAUAAGAAAUAUGUUUUGCCAUUAAAGUGUUCAUUCAUAGAUUAAAUCAUAUUGAGAUUUCUUUCAUUAAAUCUUCACUUUCACAUAAACCAAAUAUUUCUAAACGGAUGCUAAACCAUUUGAUUCAAUAAGAAAUUUUUUGAGACCCAGCUAGCUGGUAAAGAGGAAAAUUGAAGAGGUUUAUGCUUACAUCAGAGGUGAACAUCAUGUGGCAUUUAUAGAAGUAUGUUAAAACAAGGUGUGGUAUCAGAGAAAAUCUCAGAUCUCACUUCCAUGAAUCAACUGCCACCAUUAGGAACGUUGCCGCAAUGGUCACGAGUAAACACAUUAAACAGAGGGAGUUACCCGAAACCUUUCACAAAAGACAAGUUAAUGCAGCCAGUAGCUGACAAGGUUGGUGACGAGGAUGAUAGAACGGUGGACUUGUCCGAGUUAAAUCCUGCACAGAGGAUACAUCAUCUAGAGCGGAGCAUUAUGUUUCUUAAACAGCAACAUGCUGAGGUGCUAAAAUCACUACAUGAAGAAAUAGAUAGUCUGAAAAAAGAAAAUAAAGAUUUACAGUUUAAGAUAGUGAUGAGUCAGAAACAGCAACAACAACAACAUACUCCGCAACAUCAUCAUGCUGGUGGAAGUGCUAGUAGUCGUAGAAGUCGUACUGGUAAAGAUAGAUUGUUGGAGAAAGAAUCCUCAUCUUUGUCUAUACAUUCUGGGACUUACUACAACUUUUCAAAGACUCUUGAAAGUUCAUCUAGAGAGGACAAGCUGGAUGAAUUAAAGAUUAUAUUUCUCGAGGAAGAAAUCAAGGAGUUGAAGCAUGCACUGAGGGAGGCACGUAACCGGAACUCGUAUCUUACUCAGGUCAUAGAACAAAAUGAGGACGUCAAGAAAAAACAACAACAUACAAUAGAUACGAUGAAGUAUCAGCUGUCUCAGGGGAACGCUGCAAACCUCGCCGAACAAAUUACCUCCGGUCAGAGCCUGUUCAAUCUGCCCGGAGGAAGACAACCGAGUCUAGCCGAAUGUGAGGCGAUUAUACGUAGAUUACAACAAAUUAAUGAGCAGCAGCAGCAUGAGUUGGAUAACCUAAAAUCAGAUCUCCGUGACGUGUUAUACUCACACAAGUGGACACCAGAUGCCUAUUUACUUGCCAAGGCUUACGUUCAUGAGGAGGAACAUAAAGACGAUGACAAAGAUAAAACUUUGCCGAAACUUCACAUGAAAAACCAGGCGAGAAAACUCCCAGAGAUAGCUUACAUUCAGAGAGAUAUGGUGAACCUGCCUGCACUUAAACAGACUGUAAGUAAUAAGGCAGUAGAGCGAAAGAAACGGACCCAGAUCCUACAGAAAGCCAGAUUGAAAAAAGAAGUUAUGCAGUAAAAAACCCCAGUGACAUAACUAGUUUUUCUUAGUCAUUUUUUUUUCUAAUUAAACUGUUCACUGUUUUUUUGCCAGUAUGGCAUACAUGUUUUCUGUAAGACUGUACAUUUGAAUUAAAAGAGAUAUUUUAAUUACUUAUA